AUGAGAGAAGAGAAGGCAAAGGAUGGUAGGAGAAGAAGGAAGACGAAGCCAGCUGCAUGUCAAUCCAAAGGUGUUGACAAUGAUUCGUUCGAGAUGGAAGAAUGCAAAAGACCGGAUUCGAGACCCGAAGUUCCAGCGGAAUCGUUACAACACAUGCACAUGGAAGAGUCACCUAGACAACAUAAACCUCGGACAAGGAAGUCGACCAUAUCCUCUGCAUCAGCUGUCGAUGCGGAGUCAGCUUCCGUCGCACCAGACACCGAUGCAAACGAGAAUGAAGUAGUGGGUAUCGUGAUCCACCGGACCGACCAAUUACGCGCCACGGCAGACGUCCGGUAUGCUAUGGUCCGAGUACACGUUAUGAACGAGCAGAUGGGCACUUAUUACUUGCGACAGCGUCAGUUGCCGAGUUCCGGUGAUAGAAAGUGGUCCCAGUUUAUACAACCAGUCUGGUGUGCGCCGAUAGAGCUUCUACAGGGUCCCGCGAAGUUGCCGGUGUGGGAAGAACUGUUGUUUAUCAAUGAACAAUACGGUUACAUAGCCGACACCCCAUCAACCGUAUUGUUGUUUGAGCUGUUGAACAUCAGGACGCAUCCCGGUAAUUUGGAUCUCUCGCGAUGCACUCAAGCGGAGCACAGGGUAUCUACAAUAGCUUGGGCAUUCCUUCGUCUCGUGGGCGCGAACGGGCACACUAAUACAGGACUGAAAAAGCAGCGUCUUCAACUGUUCGAACCGGUCCCGAACUGCAAGCCUCCUGGGAUCAAGUUAUCGCAACAGAGUUCGAAGCAUGGUACGAUCAAGAAAUUUCCCGAACCAAUGGCUGCAGGGCAGCAUUUAUUCGAUUGGUGGAGCAUGGGGUCAAGCGCGAGAAUCAAAUAUCCUUCCACACUGUAUGUAACGGUGAAAAAGAUUAACAUCGGACAGCAAAUCCGUGGGUCUGAGUUCUCUGUGGACCGAUUAACUAACCUGACCAACUUGGAAAACGCCGGUGGACAAAUCAGCAAACAGAGUCUGUCUCAAGCAGAGGACCAGUUUUCCGACUUCUCCGAGGCCACAAUUCAUCGCGUCGACUCAGAGCUAUGGCGCAGGUCCCCGGAUCAACCGUGUCGCAUUCCGAACGAAUUCAUCGGUUCCGGAACCAACGAGCUGUUGCUCUUGCCGGAGGAUGUCACUGUGUCUGGAAGUGAUGCGCGCACUCGUCGCACAUGUGGUUCCCACGCGGUGAAGUUUAGCCCCAACGGAAAGUGGAUCGCUGUCGGAUCUGCAAGCGAAGCAGCCAGCGGGUCACGCCCUCCGGUUGUGGGUCAGAUUUUGUCAACAGAUGCGCCUGUCUUUGUCUAUAAGCAUCCGUUUCGUGUACAGUCAGCCACUCCUCACCUGCAACUCGCGGGACAUACGAAGAUCGUUUACUCUGUCGACUGGUCGCCAACUCCCAUAAUCAGUCAGGUGAAUCGUGAUUCCAAAAGCCCCGGUCAAAUGACUGCAUGGCUCCUGGCUUCUGCAUCCGCAGACGGGACAGUUCGUGUGUGGUGGCUUCCACCCGAACAAUUGAGGGGUCGUUUCAUUAAAAAGGAUUUGGGUAUUAACCCCAUCGGGGUGUCCUCACCAGUUCACGUGACGCCGGACGAUGGUAAGGCGGUUACUGGUGAAACCAGUCGGAGAGGCAUAUUUUGCACAGUGUUGGGACACCCCAGCUUUGUCUACAGUGCACAAUUCAGUCCUCAUCCGGUUUCGGGCGAUGAACAAGAUGAGCAGACAGUCGAGCACAUUUUAGCCACCGCGGGAUUCGAUCAGAUCGUCCGAUUGUGGAAGAUUGGGCAGCUAAAGGCAGAGGCAAGUUACAAGCUGACACUUUACUAUGUCACAUUCAAGUUAAGGGGAUUAAUUUCUGCUCAACUUCUUGGUGGUCAAAAUUACCGCGAGUUGCUGCGUAGUUGCAUCAGCCCGUGUGGAUCCUUUGUCUUCUCUGGCGCCGAGGAUCACAAUGUUUACGUGUGGAGCGCAAUCACAGGUGACCAAGUGGCUUGUUAUCGGCAGCUCCAGUUCAGUGGAUCGGUGAAAUCCAUCAGCUUCCACCCAACACAACACGUGGUCGUGUUUGCGUCGCUUGAUCGAGAACAGCCCGUUUGUGUCUACGCAUUCAACCCACUACGUGCAGCCAGGAUCAGGGAAGCACCGUUUCUCCAGCUUUCCGACCUCGCAGAGUCCAAAAGUGUUCUAUCAACUGAGGAAACUUCGAGGUUGGAUCGAAUUCACGUAGACAAGGAAAGACGAAAAGCAACCCGGAUUCGUCGAGCGUUGGCCAAGCUAGACAGCGUUAAAGUGAUGCGGCACAUCCCAUUUGUCGCUGAGGAGUCUCUUGACGACCUG